GGCGAGCUGUUUGUGCCGAAGCAGCAGGCUGACUCUGAGCUCUUCUUUUUCUGCUCUUUCUUCAACAAAACUCCGACUUCAAACACUCUAAAAGGAUAGAAAGACUUUUAGAAAGAGUGUUUCUGAAAGAGGAGCAACUCAGCAGCACCAUGCCGGACAUUAGGCUGUGUCUGGAGGCGAUCUCUGCUCUCCUGGGCUGCAAAGCCGAGUCGGCCAGCGGAACCUCCCAGUUCACCCCGCAGGAUUUGGUCAACGUUGUGGCCCUCAAGGAGUUUUACAAGCAGGAGGGCUACAAAGAGCUGGAGUACCCCAGUUUAGGGACUCUGUCUCUGCACGACUUAGAUGAACAGGACUUGUACAGCUCCCCGCCGGCAAUAGAGGGGCCUCCAGAGAGCCUCCAGGUUACGGUCAAGAUUAAUCCAGAGGACUUCUUCCACCCUCAGUACGACUACGACUUCACCAACAUAAAGGAUGGAGACAGGAAGUUCAUGCGUGGUAAUGAGCUGUAUGUCCGCCCCUGCGGGUGGAACCGUGUCGCCCUGCGGGUCAUGCAGAAGUACGACGGCGGGGACCGCUGGCUCGGGACGGGGGCUGACGCCUGGCCCGUCUCCUACCAGGGCAAAAACAUGGACGGCUCCCUCAUCCUGACCCACAGCGGCAACCCGGACGACCAGCCAAAGUUUCUGGACGUGGCUGCUACUGCUUUGAGGAAAGUGGAGACGAGGGGCCGAGGGGUGUACUCCACACCAGACAUCAGGAUUGCAGCGACGUACUGCAAGAGGUUCAAGUCCAAAGUGGAUGGGAAGACGUACCAAGUGGUCCUUCAGAACCGUAUAAACCCAGAAAAAAGGCAAAAUUGCCAGAGACCAGACGUCUGGUUGGUGUACAUCCCUGAAGAUUCCAACGAUGUGAAGACAAGGGCCAUCGUGCAGGAGUCCAUCCGCCCAUACGGGCUGCUGCUGAAGCAGGUGUGAAGCUAACCCCCAGAAGCCUCGUCACCCAGCAAUACUCAGCUUUGUGAUUUUCAGAUUGUUAACAGAAAAUUUGUUCACACUUAUUCUGGGAUUGUGUAAUGAAAAGCUUUUUAAAAACUCUUUAUUGGGGUGUAAAACAGUAAACCAGAGGUAACAGUAAUGUCUCUCUAUCCUCAGACUUUCUUACAAAUAGGGCUGCGUCCCUGAAUUAUUCUGCAUUUGAUUCAACUCAGAGGUCAGAAAAUGUAAAAUUGUGAGCUUGAAGAGUUCCACAGGUCGCAGGCUUAAGUGCAAACAACUAAUCAAACAGCAGAAUAGAAUAAUCUACAAAUCAUAUUAAACACAGCAGCUGAGUGAACAACAGGAUUGUUUCAGAUAAUCUGCUUCAGGAAUUUUUGAACUCUGCCUUGCAUCAAAUGCAGUGUUGUUAAUGAUGUCCUGCCACAGCUCCGGCUGCCUUUUCACUUCUCUUGGGGAUUUUUUGCCACUCUGUGUCACAACACUGAAAAUUUCAAGAAGUGCAAACGAGGUGGAAAGAGAAAAACGGGUAUUUAAGCCACAAACACGGUCCUGCUGGAGGAGUUCAGAGCGCUCAGAAGUCCUCCUUUGAAUUUAAACUUGAGAAUUCAACCAUCACCACCUUAGCUUUUUUACACCAGACAUGAUAAGUAAAGAGUGGAUUAGAGUGAGAAACUCUACACCACUUUACACUCACACGCUAGAAACAUGUCAGUCAUAGUUUAGCUCACCUUUUAUUGUGUCCAUUUCUCUGAUUAUGACCAUACUUUACAAAAUAAAUACUAUGUUGUCUUUAAUAAGACUUGAAACUAGCAAGUGAGAUCAUGAACCCACCAAUAAAGUGCUUACUGAGGUCAGAGAUGGGGCUCAUUUUACAACCAGUGUUGCUGCCCCAGUGUUGUGCAGAGAGGUUGAUUUAUGAUGUUGUUUAUAUAUAUUUAGUCAUACUGUCUUCCUUAUUGCACCAGAGUCAGAAAACUGAAAAACAUGGCAUUAAAUUCUUUUUUUUUUAAUUCCUAUCUGAAGUGGCUUGAUUGGAGGUUUUGGGUAAACCCUUUUCUUGUCAAACCUUUCAUUUGUGGAGAUCUGCAGGAACGUGGAUUUGAUUUUGUGUUGUGUUAUUGUUAACUGAAAAUGUUGCUAUGAAGUAUGAUGCCCCUUGACUGAUGUUUGUCAUAGCAUCAUCUUUAAAGAAUUUAUUGGAAGAGUGUCAUUUUAAAGACUCUUCUUCUUCAGUCCACACUGCCACAUCACUUCUGUGAAUAAAUGUCUGUUUUCUUUGUAUGUCUGAAGAUUUGUUUGAAUGUAAUUAAACUACU